UUUUAUAAAAUGUUAUGAAGUCGAAUGUUGUGACGAGUAUAUAAGCUCAAUAUAAAUUUCAGUCAUUCGAUAACUGUACAACAAAAUUUUAUUAUCUUUGAAACAGUGCUACUUGAAAGAUGGUUAUCAUCGUUUAAUGAGGUAUUCAGUGAAAAAUCUUUCAUUUUUUUAACUAUUAGGAAUGGCUGCCACAGGUUCUAGGAAGAAACCAAAAUGUUACGUUCACGAAAAUGGUUUCAUAAUGCCACCUGUUUUCCCACCGGAUAAUUUUGGAUCAGCAAUAUCUUAUUGCCCACAACCCUCCGAUGUGUUCAUCUGCACAUACCCAAAAUGUGGCACAACAUGGAUGCAGAACAUCUUGUACCUCUUGCUCAACCAGGGCUCAGCAUUGCAGCCAUCUCAAAAUAUCAACGACUAUGUACCUCACUUGGAAGAAGUGGGCGCAGACGUUGUAAAGAAUCUUCCUCAACCAAGAACAAUCAAAACGCAUUUGCAUUUUGAUUUAGUCCCGAAGAGCAACGAUGCCAAAUAUAUUUACAUAACCAGAAAUCCGAAAGACUGCUGCGUUUCGUUCUUCUACCAUUGCAAAGGAUUUGGAAGAAAUUGUGACUUCGAAGAUGGGAUUUUUGAUGACUUUUUCGAAGCCUUUAUUCAAGGAGAAGUACAUUAUGGAGAUUAUUUUGAUCAUCUCUUAUCUUGGAUCGCUCAUAAAGAAGACCCUAAUAUUCUGUUUUUACUUUACGAAGAUAUGAAAUCCGAUCCCGAGGGAAACAUUAAAAAGGUAGGCGAGUUUCUCGGCGAGCCAUUUUCGAAAUCUACUCGGGAUCCUUUGAUAUUGGAAAAUGUGCUUCGGAAUUGUAGUUUUGAAGCUAUGAAAAAGGCUCCUUCUUCGUGCUGGUCAACUGAACAAUCUAAAGAUUCUCCUGGUUUCAUCAGGAGCGGGAGAAUUGGAAAUUGGAGAGAACAUUUCACUGUCGAACAAAAUAAACUUAUGAAUGAGAAAUUCAAAAAGACCCUCGCCGGAACUGAAGCUGAAUUUUUGUGGUCGAAAUACUGUAUUUAGCGCAAGAUAUUUUGCUUUCUAUUUUCUUACUUAAAAUAAUAAAAAAUCGCCCUUCAAGGUAUGACGAGUGAAAAUUGCUUCUACAUUUGGACGAAGCCAUUGCAUGUUUGGUUGAUAGUUGAAACUGUAACCGUAACUCCAGUGGAUUAACCUUGAACUCCAGUAGGUAGAGUUCAUUGUUGACCAUUUUUUCGUUUCUUCAUUCCCCUGAACUGACACACUCUUAACAGUGAAACAAUUAAAUGACCGGAUCGAGUUCAGCCUUGUCACGAUAAAGCCUUUCCCUGCAUGUUAAACAUUACCAAAACAUAUUAUCAAAUUAUCAUGCCGUGACACGAGUUUCAUUGUUGAAACACGCGGUUUAUUCGAUCAUCGACUACCAUAUAUAAGAGGAUUUAAUUGACUGGAGCACCAACUCGAAGUCAAAAUGCAGGCACAUACACUGUUACAAAUAGCUGUUUCUUAGUGUUGAGACAAAACAGCUAAUUUUUAAGCACAUUACUUACUCGAAAUGGCUCCGAGAUAAUUUGGCUUAAAGUUGAAAAGCAAGAGUUCUUACUUUUAAAAUGUAUAUCCCAUUCUCAAAAUUGAGUCACCAUAUCCUCAUUUUUGAGGUAUCGCUCUACUCAAGAAUGAUACAAUGUGUGCUUAUUUUUGAGAUAUUCGUACUCUCAGACAGUUUUGACAAGUUUUCGUUUUUGAAACAGCCCAGUCUCAGAAAUGAUACAGCCUGUGCUUAUUUCUGAGACACUCUUGUUCUCAAAAGUGACUCUACAUGUUCUCAUUUUUGAGACACCGCUGUAUUUAAAAGUUAUUCGAUGUGUUCUCAAAAAUAAGCGCAAAGUAAGGAUUUUCAAUUCUAAGUCAAAUUGUUCCCGAGCCAUUUCGAGUAAGUGAUGUGCUUAAAAAUAAGCAAUUUUAACUCAAUACUAAGAAAUCUGUUUUAACAGUGUGUGUGUGUGCAUGUAUUGAUUGAAACAAUUGAAAAACAAAUAUAAUUUAGGCACAAAAGCAGCUCUUAAAAUUAUAUCAAAAUACUUGGGUUCGAAAAAGAUGAUGAAAAAUGAAAAGGCAUGGAUAGGCGAACAAUAAAAAAACACAAAUAAGCAUAAGAUUAUCAGUACAAAAAGCUGCUUUGUCGUCAACAUAUCCUAAAAGAUGCCUUAAAGGUUUCGGAACACGUAGCGAGUCAGCAAGUUAAAAAAAAAAGCAUUUUAAUGCGUCAAAAAUAUCAAAAUAUUGAACUUAGUGUCUAUGUUGAAUUGUAAUAUAAAAUAAGACAAGAUGACAAUAAUGUAAAAAUGUAUAAAUUAAUGUAGGUACUGAACCAAUUUUUCAUCAAAAUAAAUUAAAGACUUGCUGAAUCGCAACGUCCCCUCCCCACCCAUAUGUACAAGGCAAAAGAAAAGUAAAAAUUAAUAAAUUUCAAAAACUCACUGUUCUCACCAAGUGUAGGAACUGAUUUAAUGCUUAUUUUAUAAAACAGCUACAUGUGCUUAAAAAUUACAGAUGAAUUUGACUUCAGUCGGUAAUUUUCAAGCACGUGUAGCUGUUUUAUAAAAUCAGCAGUCAUUCCUUAAUCCGUAUCCUUUGUGACAUUGACCAUCAUGCCCCCCAGCACGAUUCAGUAUGUUCACAAUGACGUUUUCAAAAAUGUGAAGCAUUUACAUAAGUAUAAUUUAUAGAAAAUAUAUAAUUACUUUAUAAUUUUUAAUAUUUACGACAUAAAUAAGUAUGAAACAUAAAAAUAUAUAUUUCAGGUUUAGAAAAAAAUUAAGCAUCAUAGCUAUAUAUUCAUUUUAUCAUAUUAGGUAAGAAAUGUAAAAAUAAACACCAGUUAGUGUUUAAAAAAUCAAUAACUCUAAUCUGGGAGAAAUCAAUAACAUCAGAGCUGUUGUCAUAAGAAAUAAUUGAAAUAAAAAAGUUUUAAUAUACCAUGUUUCUAAAAUGAACUAAAAAGUAAAAAGUAAUUUCUUUAAGCUUCAUGAAGAUUUAAAGCCCCAUACAGUUUCAGAAUUUCUUGCUAGUUGUCUGGAAAACUUGUGAUUGUGAGUUUUAAAUAGCUAUCAAAAUACUUGUAUUUGAAAGGGAAAAUAUGGGGCGCACGCAACAUCAUAACCUAGAUAGGCUGUUUUGCCUCUUGUGCCGCGCCCAAGGCCUGAUUACUGAAUUGGCCAACUAGGCCCUGGCCUAGGUCCCCCGAUAUUUAAGGAGCCCCAAAUGGCUGAAAUUACUUUAUUUUAUGGCUAAAAUUGUUUCAACCAACUGCUAAAGUUAUAAAGUUUGAAUACAGGGGGCUCCAAAAAAGUAUUUGACUUAGGGCCACUCUAUAUCUUAAUCGGGCCCUGCUUGUGCCAUAGAAACCAAUACAACGAGUCAACCAAAUGACAUCAAUGAAAAAACUAUAUCUGGAACCUUAAAAAUGGGAAAUACAGAAUAUGCCGUAAAGUUUGACGAUGUCAACUUGAUUUUCCCUGAUUUGCCUAUUAUCAAAAUAUCCAAUCAAACAAAUUACUUGCUCCAAAGUUAGGAAGAUACCUUUCCCCGCAUGGAGUACGGUAGGGGGAGGGGUAAACCUUCUUAAUUUAAUACUUUAUAACAUUAAGCUGAUUAAUUUUACCGUUUUCUAUCUUUGUUUGUCAAAUUGACGCUCCCCUCCCCCCCCCCCCCCCGUUCACUUUAUAUAUUUUUCUUUUCUUUUUUUUUCUUUUCUUGUGUUCAAAUUGGUAUUUUUGAUCUGGAAAAAAAAACGAGUAAUGUGAUAGGUUAAUUAAUAUUCAGUAUUUUUGUGCUUUUAAAUGCUUAUGCAUGUUUUCAGAUUGAUUUGAAUGCGUACUGAAUUAAUUUUUGAUUGCUCGAUUUGUAUCUUGUGACUGUGGCUUUUGUACUGUGACAUUUAAGUAUAAUAUAGUUUUAAAACAUUAUUCCAUUUUUUGAAAAUUAUUUUUGAAAAGCUAACAUUUAAUAAAUGCAAAUAAAAGUUUCAUUUACUAGUUUUUUUAACAUUUAUUAUCUAUACAAUUCAUGUGCAUUGAAGUUACA